UACACAGGGGGCAGGCGGGGCUGACUGUUGUGACAAUCUCUCCAAGAUGCCCAGGUUAAAGAUCACAAGAAAGAAGAUGUUAAACACGAGAGCCAUCAAAAAAAAACUUGAUACACAUUUAAAGAAAACAUCUGUACAGACUACAACAGAGUUCGAGCACAUUGCUGUAUAUUUUACAAAGGAAGAAUGGAGAUAUUUAGAAGAAGGACAGAGAGAGCUCUAUCGACAAGUAAUGAUGGAUAAUUACCAAACCAUCUGCACUUUAGGGUACCAGAGUAAAAAGCCCAAGUUAAUAUCACACAUUGAGCAAGGCAUAGACCCAUGUUUAACAGAUGUGAGUAAACAGGCCAAGACGCUGGACAAAAGAAGAGUGACAAUUCAGGCUUCAAGAUUCUAUGGGAGUGCCAAAACUCAUACAUCAGUGGCACAGAGACUGGCUGCAUCAGUCCCACAGAUGGUGAAGAAAAUACCCACGAAGGUUCAAAGAAAAAAUGUGGUGAAACCACGGAAAAAUGCCAAGCCAAAGAAUAAUGUUUUGGGGCAGAUAUGUGGUUUGAUGCCAAACAAUUUAAUUGUUCCAUCUUUUUCAGAUCAGGAUGUUCAGCCAAUGAACAUUGAAACACCGGUGCUAGAGAAUGUGACAAACACGCUAAAUCAGGAAGUUUUCUUUUUGGAUCAUGUUGCCACCCCUGGACAAGAAGACAUGGCACAUUCGCCACGAAGAAUGUUAGAUUUCACAGAUGUGAUAACCAAUGUGAAGGACUGCCAGUGUACCUGUGUUGGUUUAGUAAAGGAGCUAAUCAACAAGGUGACCCAUCUGGAGGCAGAACUUGGUGGACAGGUAAGUCAUCUUUUGGGUCAGGUCAGUCAGCUGCAGACUGAAAUUGCUGAUCUUAAAGAAGGCCUAAAGGAACAGAUGGUGGAAGCCAUGAAGCAAGCCAUUCAACAUACAAGGGUUGAAUGGCAAGAUGCAGUUGACCGGACCAUGAUUACAACGAACCACCAAGCAGUUCAAGUCAGUGGAGAUGGACGCGGAGGCCUGGAUGGUAGUGGAGGCCUGGAUGCCUGGAUGGACAUGGGAGGAUAUGAAGACCUGGAUCGGCGUCAGGAUAAUUUGAGUGUCCAUACAACACUGCUUUCAGUGCCGAACUUGAUAGUUGAAGGUCCAGCAUUGGUCAGCAGUUCAAGUGUGCUGUUGCCAGGAACACCAAUGAUGACCAACACACCUGCUCACAGGCCACUUUACAAUACAUUCAGCAGCACUCUGACUGAUAUUCCCCUUGCUGUCAUCUCCAGUGACCUGGAUGACAAUCUGUACAGAGCUGCACAAGGACAUAUUCACAAAUAUGCACAUGCUCUUUUCCAAUACCAUGUGACAUACGACACAUACUUGACAUGGACCAAUCGCGUGAACUUUGAUGGUGCCAAGGGGAAAAUUCCGCUUCCCAAUAAUCUGGUAAAUGACAUCAUGUCAAGGUGUGAACGGCGUGUAAGGAUUGGUGAUCCUGAAAAGAAGAAGAUACGGGAUACCAUAAAUGCUGUGCUGCGAAUGAGGAGGAAAAUGCCUUGGAAGAUUCAGGUUGAAGGAACAAGAUCCUUACCCACCGUUAUUCCUAGGGGUAGCUUCAGCACAUCAUCCGGACACAGCUAAAGUUAAAAAAAAGAAAUGUGUCACUGUACUAUAUAGAGAAUGACCUACAGUACAGUAAAUUUUCUGGGGCUGCAUGCACUGUGUACUCAAACAAGAGGGAUGCAUGAACUUGGCUCACCAGAUUCCUGAUUGGAGUGUCUGGCCCUGGUAAUGUAAGGCCCUGGUACAAAUUGCCCCUUUUAUUCCCCAGUCACCUGGCAUAAAUUGAUUUUUUUGUGCUGCUGUAUCUAUCUAGUAGUGGCUGAGUCCAUUGUGCUGUGUCCAUCCAGGUGUGCUGUGUCUAUCCAGGGGCUGAUGUCCAUAUGUGCCAGUGUUCCAAAAUAAAAAUACAAAAAUAAAAAUAAAAAACAAAUACAAAAAAAUCAUUACAGUACUGAUUUUGUUCCACGUGGGGCUGUUGUCGUCUGUUUCCUUUCUCCAUUCUGGUGUCCGUAUGCGCCAGUGUUCCAAAUUCAAAAUACAAAAAUAAAAAAUAAUACAAAAAACAAAAAUAAAUAAACAUCCCCCCCACCCCCCC